CGCAAUGACAGUUUCCUGCAGGCUGUCCGCCUCAGAGCGAGAUGUGCUGAAGGGGAAGACGGGGUUAUCUGAGUUAAAGCUGCUCGGCAUGCUGUGGACUUGAGAGGACGAGUGAUUUUUUACUUUAUUUUUUAAAGGGAAGGACGAAUGUCGAUACUGUGGUGAAAUGACUAACAGGAUGGAGGGUUCUUCAGCCCCAGGAGCCAAGGCGAAAGGACCCAUUGCAGCACCAAGCAGCCCAACAAGCUCCAAAAUCGGUCCGCCACUGUCCCCAGAAGACCUGGACGACGGGCCUCAGUCUUCUCUGACUGAUGUCACACAAAUGUGGAUUACAUUCGUCAAGACUUUCGCCAUCAUCUUGCCCAUCUACGUCAUGGGAUACUUUGAGUUCAGCUUUAGUUGGGUUCUCAUUGGACUCGCCAUGUUGUUCUAUUGGAGGAAAAACCAUGGCACUAAGGACUACAGGAUAAACCGAGCCUUAGCAUACCUGGACCAUGAGGAUAAAGUAUUGAAGCAGAGUGUGCCUACUUCGGAUCUACCACCAUGGGUCCAUUAUCCAGAUGUGGAGAGAGUGGAGUGGCUGAAUAAGACGGUGAAGCAGAUGUGGCCGUUCAUCAGCCAGUUUGUGGACAAGCUAUUCAGAGAGACCAUCGAGCCGGCAGUGAAGGCCGCAAACCCUCACCUCAGCACCUUCUGCUUCACCAAGAUCGACCUGGGCGACAAGCCGCUGAGAGUGAACGGGGUGAAGGUUUACACAGAGAAUGUGGACAAGAGGCAGGUCAUCAUGGAUCUGCAGAUCAGUUUUGUGGGGAAUACAGAGAUUGACGUGGACAUCAAGAAGUACUACUGCAGAGCGGGAAUCAAGAGUAUUCAGCUCCAUGGGACGCUGAGAGUGGUGAUGGAGCCUCUGCUGGGAGACAUGCCUCUGAUCGGAGCGCUGUCCGUCUUCUUCCUCAAGAAACCAUUGCUGGACAUCAAUUGGUCGGGACUCACAAACAUGCUGGAUAUUCCUGGUGUCAGUGGUUUGUGUGAUAACAUCAUCCAGGACGUCAUCUACAGCUUCCUCGUUCUUCCCAACCGGAUCACCAUUCCUCUGGUGGGAGAGGCCCAACUGGCCCAGCUCCGCUUCCCCAUUCCCCAGGGCGUGCUGAGGAUCCACUUCAUCGAGGCGCAGGAACUGCUGGGUAAAGACAAGUUUUUGGGCGGGCUGAUCAAAGGGAAGUCCGACCCGUACGGUGUCAUCAAGGUGGGAACGCAGCUCUUCCAAAGCAAAGUCAUCCACGAGACCGUCAACCCCAAGUGGAACGAAGUGUAUGAGGCCUUGAUGUACGAACACGCUGGACCAAACAUGCUGGAGAUCGAGCUGUUUGAUGAAGACACGGAUAAAGACGACUUCCUCGGGAGUCUGAUGAUCGACGUGGCCGAGCUGCAGAAGGAGCAGAAUGUGGACGAGUGGUUUGUGAUAGAAGACGUGGCGACAGGGAAGAUUCACCUCAAACUGGAGUGGUUAUCUCUGCUGCCCUCACCGGAGAAACUGGACCAGGCGCUAACGAGCAUUAAAGCUGAUCGCAAUCAGGCGAACGACGGCCUUUCGUCGGCGUUGCUCGUCGUUUUCCUGGAUUCAGCAAGAAAUCUGCCGAGCGUCUUCGAGGGGAACUUGGGUUCUGGAUACUUAAAAGAGAGGCGGGCGGCGGGCCUCGUGUUUUGCGAGAACACGGCUUCUCUCUAUAGGACGUUAUUUCGCAAUCCGUUAGAGUUCAACCAGUCGGGGCUGAGGAAGACCUCGGUCAGUAAAGCUCUGAAGUCCGGUAAAAAGGUGACCAGCGAUCCCAAUCCAUUCGUCCAGUUCAGAGUGGGACACAAGUCCUACGAUAGCAAGGUCCGAUAUAAGACAAAUGAGCCGGUGUGGGAGGAGGCGUUCACCUUCCUGAUCCACAACCCCCGCAGCCAGGAGCUGGAGGUCGAGGUGAAAGACGAGAAACACGAGUGUACGUUGGGCGUUUUCACGGUGCAGCUGACUCGCCUUCUGGAGGCCGAAGAAAUGACGUUAAAUGAACGUUUCCCCCUAAAGAACUCCGGCCCGAGCUGCACGCUGAAGAUGAAGAUGGCUCUGAGGGUGCUGAGCUUGGACAAAAUCCCUUCCCCUUCCUCCGACCCCUCUUCAGUGCAGGUCAACAAAAACAAGAAAACAAACCCUCAACCUGCCGCCUCUUCCUCCGACUCCCCCGUUCCUCCCUCCUCCACCUUCGACAUCCCUCGCUCCGCCUCAGUGUCGGCGCAGGACGUCCUGAACCGAAGGAAAGAAGCCAACGAUCCGUACCGCUCUGUAGGGAGCACUGAUUUGGGGCAGGGAGGAAGAGGAGGAGGAGGAGGUUUAGCUCAGAGUGGGAGGAGCUCCUCUAAUCUCGCCAUAUCCGGGUCGCAGCAAUAUCUUGCGGGAGGAAAAGAGCUGACUCCAAGCAUCGCUUCUGAUAUCUCCAACCCUUACGCCACUCAGGAGCUCCAGCAGAGACUCGCUCUGCUGCAGAAUGGUUCUGGUCCCGGUCACUUCCCUCUGGGUGAGAUCCAGCUCACCAUCAGACACUCGUCCCAGAGGAACAAACUCAUCGUGGUGGUGCACGGCUGCAGAAACCUGAUAGCGUUCACGGACCACGGCUCGGAUCCGUACGUCCGCCUCUACCUGCUUCCCGACAAACGGAGGUCAGGGAGGAGGAAAACUCACACCUUCAAGAAGACCCUCAACCCCGUUUACGACCAGACCUAUGAGUUCAGUGUGUCUCUCGUGGAGCUCCACAGACGCACUCUGGACGUCGCGGUGAAGAACGGAGGAGGACUGCUCUCCAAACACAAAGGCCUUCUGGGAAAGGUUCUGGUGGAUUUGACGUACGAGGACACGUCUAAGGGUUGGACACAAUGGUAUGAGCUGAGUGAAGAUGGUCUGACGAAACCUCAGCAACUAUAGAGGGCAACAACCACCAUCACCACCAUCAUCAUCAUCAUCGUCACCAUCACCAUCAUCACCACAAUGAUACAGUACAUCUGUUAUUUUUACUAAGUGUACAAAGUAAAGAAGAAGCAGCUUUGAUCCAUUUAAUCACAUCAGUCGCAAGGCAGACCUCCCCUUUAAGAAGAGCCAGGCUUUAAAGGGAGUAUUCCACAUGUAGAAUAUUCAAUAUAUCACCAAUACUACCAUGUACUGCUGUGGAAAAUAUAUUCCAUAUUUAUAGGAGAAUAUUUAUAUCAGCUGUAGAGGAAGACAAUCUAUUUUUUUGCGGUAAAAUAUGUAAAAGUUUGUAAAUAUAUAAACGAUGACGCUGGACUAAAGAGGGCGUCGUGUUUUGAGAGAAAUUCAGGCCAAAUGAUUGUUUGUCGUUUUCUUUCAUUCAUUCGUUUUUGUGAAUGAAAAACAUUCUAGACGCCACCAAAGAGACGAGAAGUCAUUUUUUGUAUUCUCUUCCCUCGUUUGCUUUCCUCUGGUUUUAUUCCACUUUGAUAACAUGUGUUUAAAACAUCUUAAAGAUAACUAUAAGUACACACAGGCAAGGCAGGCAACUGCUUGGGGCCCCGGACCAGAAGGGGGCCCCCAAAGAAGGUAGAUUAAGAAGGUCCACAACAUGAAACUCCCUUUCAUUUAAUGCAACGACAUGUCGGGAAACCCCCUCAAGGCGGCCCCAUGCAUAGCGCGCCGUAAAAUGCUGCUUCUUAUUUUCAGUUUCGUUGCCUUGCUCCGCUCUGGGGGGGGGGGGGGGGG